AAUCCAUCACAAUCCCAGUACCUUCCUCUUCGGACAAGCCAUUUCCAGCUGCAGCCCGUUGCGGAAAACCUGUGAAAGUGUGCUUACCAUGCAGCUGGCCAUGAUGCCGGUGACCCCACUGGGGCGAAGGAUGCAUUGCUUCGGCUGGUCCGAAGCGCAGGCAGCCCCCGUGGCGCAAAGGGCGGCGCCCGCGGUGCUGCAUUUGCCGGGCGAGGUGGCGGAGCCAACGGUGAGCCCUGCGCCUGCGGUGCUUCCUCAUCUCGGAAGCGCGGCUAGCGCAAGUUUCGGCCCUGCACCGUCGCAACCUGCAACAUCCAGUCAUCCUGCAGCCGCUUCGAGCGUUGCCAAAUACGAAUCCCGUGAUGCCCAUGGUCGAGUUUGGGGUGUGCCCAACGCUGGAGGUCGCGGCCAAUGCUUGGAUUGUCCCAAGCAGGCCUUGCUGCCCAGCACGCGCUGUGCUGAUUGUCAGCUGCGUCUCAGCCGCGGAACUCCCAUGGCAGACCUCGACAGCUUCAGAGAGAAGAUGAACCGCGCGGCGGCGAAGUGCGUGAACCGCGAGGUCACACUACGCUUGGAUGCUCUUUACCAGAAGCUCCAGACUGGGCAGAUUCCAGACUCAGCGCAAGAGAAAUUGCGUCGCUUUGCGGAGGCGGUGACGGCCGAUGUUCGGCGUAGGGCCGAGGCGCAGAAAAUCAUACAGGACUUGAUUUCCCAAUAUUGGCAGCAACACAAGUACUGGCUCACUGGACUGAAGUGGCUGCUGGAUGCCUGACAUUGCCUGACCGCCUUGAACGCCCAAGGCGUUGCUUCUGGUCGUGAAAUUUUGCCCACCGUGACGCCUUGUACAGUCGGAGUCCAUCCCGGUGGCCCCUGAGACGGCCAAGUGCCUACAGCUUCGCUGAAGGUUUGGAAGUCUCACUGGGUAAAUAUGGA